AUGAGCAGUCUUGAUCAUCCAAAUAUGGAACAUUAUGCUUAUGAACAACCAGCCGAAUUCAAUCAUUUUUUAUUACAACAAAAUUGGACAUCUAGUAUAUUACGAGAAGAAGCAGCAAUUCUUCAUAAAUUAGUUACGGGCGAUGAAAAACCACCUAAUUACGUUACAGAUACAGAAACUCAACGUGAAUAUCAAAAUCCAAAUGUAAAAAGUAUAGAACAUUUGAAACAUAUUGAAGAAAAUCGCCAUGGUCGUCAUGCUUAUACACCUGAUCAAAAUCCACCGAAUGGAAUCUUGCCUACAUUCAAUGCUAAAGCGUAUCCUGAAGUCAUUCCACGUUUUCAUUUACCUAAAAUGCCAUAUUAA